AUGAAAUCACAUCCCACAUCCGUAGAUAAAGCUCCUUUUACAAAUACAAAUUUUUCGCCACUUGACGCUUCAAAACCCUUGAAUUUUUUACUUUCAAAACAUCAACCAGUUUGUAGGCUCAAUAACUUACAUACCCUAGGCUCGAAUUUUUUAUUUUCAAAACUUCAAAUAGUAGCUGUUGUUCAGGACCAGCACGGUACACCCAGCACAGCCAAAGUCAUCCGGUGUGACCCUAAUCGUCAAGUAGUGCGCACCAUUGAAUCGGGGCAUGUCGUUCUUGUUGACUCCCUUACCGGUGAAUUUAUUGCCUCAAUUUAUACGCUCCAUGAAGAUGACGAUAGCAACAAACACCUCCGAGAGAAAUUUGACUGGGCAGUUCAAAUACUGUAUCAUCACGGCCUUGCGCGUAACAAGUGUGAAGUAAACAAAGCUCAGAAAGCUUUAGGAGAUGCCAAGAGUGGAGAAAUGUAUCCUACUGGCUCUCGUGGUGGUACUGACAAAGGAAAAUCUGGUGGUCCAUAUGUAUUAAAUGCGCAGACUCUAAGCAAACCUCAGCUCAUCAAGCAAGACAUCGAACGUAUGAAACUUAUGCCUUCUGUUGACAAAUUCAUCUCACAACUCUUUGCAUACCUUGUCCUCUCUCAAUUCAAAGCAAACCUGGAGCUUGCGCAACAGUACGGCGUGUCCUGGGCUUCUACAACCUUCUUCAACACCCUGGACAAAUCCAGCUGCGGUUCCAACCUUGUCAUCACUCGAGACGAAUUCGCUAAUGAAUCACAUCAAGACCCUGACGCAUCCGGAUGUGCUAUUGGCCUCUUUUGUCUCAUGGAACGUGACACAGGCAAAGUCAUUCACCCUCAAGAAACCAGUGCACCUCCGCCAUUCCACAUUGAGGAAGCUUACUUUUACCUUGACAACUAUAACACAAGGAUACGUUUGAGCCACCGCGCAAAGGUGAUUGUGUGGAAUACGAAGAUGCACCAUCACAGUUCACUUUCUCAAACGCUUGACUCUUUUGGCAAAGUAGUGUCCCCACGAAAGGCCAACUUGACCAACUUCGGGUCUUCCAUUCAAGUUUCGCAAACCAUUGUUGAUCGAAUUCGUGGGAUGCGUAAGAAGCAAGCGGGUAUGAGUGAGAAGAAAUGGAAUGCUUUCAAGAUCAAGCGUGUCAAUGAUUAUGCAGACGAGAUUAACAAAAGGUUGACUGAUCUCAAGGAAAUCAAAAAGCUUGACCCCCUCAUUGAGGCGCAAAUUAAGGCUAGUCUUGACAGUCUUGGGCGCUUGUAA